GCGGGUGCGGAUAUUCGGUCGCAUUGACGGCCGAGAGCUCGCCACGUCGGUCGGAUCACCACGUAGAUGUUGGCGCCAAUGUAAAUGCCAACGUGGCGGGUCCGUGGGCGUGACGUGUCAUGCCGUUUAUACUCUACCAUUUUGGUUUUGUUUUAGUUGAAUUUAGAGCUUUUGGUUUUUAACCUGCUGUGGCGAGAGGAGGAGUCCAUGGCGCCGCGAUGAGGCCCAGAUCGGCGGGCGGGAGCCAAGAAUCGCGCGGCGGCGGCGGCAUUCCUCGCCGGAUCGGCGUCUUCUUCGCAGGAAUCGGGCGUCGAUUUGGCCGGAUCGGCUGAGAAUCCGCCCCAGGUUUGCUCGGCGCCUCGCAUUCUCGGGGAUUCUCGGCCAUGGAGAAGGAGAAGCUGCUAAGAUCGGGCUCCCUGGCGUCGCAGGCCAUGGCGCCGGGCAGCGUCUUCACAGUAGGGUUGAUUGGCGCCUGGUACUCGUCCAACAUCGGUGUUCUUCUCCUCAACAAGUAUCUCCUCAGCAACUAUGGCUUCAAGUACCCUAUCUUCCUCACGAUGUGCCACAUGACGGCGUGCGCACUCUUCAGCUACAUUGGGAUCGCGUGGCUCAAGCUUGUGCCCAUGCAGGCUAUCAGAUCCAGGACGCAGUUCGUCAAGAUCUCGGCUUUGAGCAUCAUCUUUUGCGCGUCGGUGGUGAGUGGGAACAUCUCGCUGCGCUACCUCCCGGUCUCGUUCAAUCAGGCCGUGGGAGCUACCACCCCCUUCUUCACGGCCGUGUUUGCGUAUCUCAUGACGCUCAAGAGGGAGGCCUGGGUCACGUAUCUUACGCUCGUCCCGGUUGUCACGGGGGUGAUCAUCGCUAGUGGGGGCGAGCCAAGCUUUCAUCUCUAUGGUUUCAUUAUGUGCGUGAGUGCCACUGCUGCCAGAGCGCUCAAGUCGGUAUUGCAGGGAAUUCUCUUGUCCUCCGAGGGGGAGAAGCUCAACUCUAUGAACUUGCUGCUCUACAUGGCACCGAUCGCCGUGGUGCUGCUGCUGCCGGCGACGCUGAUCAUGGAACCCAACGUGGUGGGCAUCACAAUCGCGCUCGCCAGGACAAACUUCUCCAUCAUCGGCUUGCUCCUGGUUAACUCGGCCACCGCUUACUUCGUUAACCUCACUAACUUCCUCGUCACCAAGCACACGAGCGCUUUGACUCUCCAGGUGCUGGGAAAUGCCAAGGGAGCAGUGGCCGUUGUGGUGUCCAUACUUUUGUUCCGGAACCCCGUGUCUGUGGUUGGCAUGGCGGGCUACACACUCACAGUGUUUGGAGUGAUCCUGUACAGCGAAUCUAAGCGUCGGCUCAAGUAGAGAGCACUCUGGGAAGCUACAGAUUUUGAGGGAAGCAAAUUUUUUUUCUUUUUUCUUGGUUCGGACAGAGGGAGACCAAGAUCAUCGAUCAAAACAUUCCAGGCAGCUAAAGAGAUAUAGAUUCACGCGUCUAAAGUUUCUGAGCUCAUUCUCUUGAUCGGAAUUAAUUUGAAAAACUCUACAACUUCAUUGGGCUUAAA